AUGGCUACUUUGGAAGAACAGGAUAAAGAAAAUGAAAAGGUUACCAUGGAAAAAGACACGUACGCAGCGGAUGAAGAAGCCAGCACAUCAGCACAGCCUGAAAAGAACGUUGACGAGCCGGUCAGUGCGCCCCCAGCAACAUCCCAGGCUUCAACUUCCGAUUUUCGAGCCUUGAUUCUGGGGCGGCUCGAUAGCCAAGCCCGAAAAAUGAACCAGUUCGAGCCCAUUUUCAACGCUUACACCCAAGUAUGCGAUGAGGGUAUUCGUGCCCAAAGACAAUCCCGAAACAGUCUUUCCCAGCUGGACUCCGCUGGAGAUUCAUUGCAAUCCGCGCAAUUAGAAGCUCUACGCCAUGAACUAAGCGAUGUCUAUAAAAAGAAGAGCAUCAAUGACCAGGCGCUUUUGGAACAUAAGAAAGAGUUAGAAGAACGAAGCAAGCAUCUAUCCCAGGUGCAAACGCAAUUAGCAAAAGCACUCGACGAAAAUAAAAAGUUUGCGCAGAGAAUAGCAGAGCUUGAAGUGGAAUUGGCUAAAAAUAAAGAAGAACAGACAGCGAUCAGGGAUGAAUGGUUAGCACUGAAGGCGUCGAGUGCUACAAUCGAGGGAAAAGCGCUGGAGCUCGAGAAAGAAAGAUGCCAGCUUAUCACGAGGAUUCGGGACUUACAGCAAACUCAAGCAACAUUUCUGAAUGAUGAGCUCGAGCGGCAUCAGGCCCAACAAAGGAAGAAAAUCCAAGAUGAUAUUGCCGCGGCUAUGUCGGCUGUGGGGCAAGCUGUGGAUGCGACGAAUGCUGUAUCAGGAUCUCCGCCAGAAAAAGAGGGAAGAGGUUUUAGCGUCAUAGCUGAUGUAUUGCCAGAGCGAAAAACAGCCAAAUUCGAGGCGAACGAUGGUGAGGUGACGGAUGUGGCCUUCAUUAGCGAAUCACUGGCUGCUACAGCAGGCAGUGACAAAAAGAUCAUUCUAUGGAAAAUAUCUCCUGGAGGAAGAGUUCAAAGGCAUACGGUCUUGACUGGGUCAAUGCAGACAAUCACCCGAAUCGACAUCAACCCCGAGGAUAAAAAGUUGCUGCUCGGCUCGAGUAACGAUCAUAUGGCCCGCAUAUGGAAUGUGGACACGCAGAGAUCGGUCUCAACUUUAUCCGGUCAUAAUGACAAAGUGUCCGUGGCUCGGUUCUUCUCCUCCCAUCAAGUUGUUACCGGAUCGUAUGAUCGCAUGCUCAAGCUUUGGGAUGCGUCAGCUAGCAAAUGUUUGAAGUCCUACUUCCCUGGAUCAACGGUUCUUGAUCUCGUGGUAUGCCGAUCCUACUUCGUUUCUGGCCACUUCGAUCGGAAGUUGAGAGUUUGGGACGGACGCACGGCCGAGCCAGCUCAAUUAUUGGAAAUGGGAGGCAGGGUCACCGGCCUUUUCAAGACCUCAGACGACAAUCAGCUGCUGGUGUUGUCCCGCGACGAUACUCUAUCGCUUUUGGAUAUCCGGUCACUCCAGCAACUUCAUCUAUAUUCUUCCGAACCAUUCCGAACCGGCGGAGAUAUGGCUAGAUGCGUUGUGUCUCCUAACAUGUCAUAUUGUGCUGCAGGAAGUGCUGACGGUGGAAUUUACAUCUGGAACUUGAGGACAACAAAGCUGGAGACCGUACUCAAUCGUAACGGACAUGAAAACACAGUCCUUUCACUAGCUUGGUGCCCGACUGGACAAGGCCUGAUGAGUUGCGAUAAGCAAAAGACUGUCUGCGUUUGGGAA